AUGGCCCAAAAGGUGGAUAAGUUGUUAGAGCGGCCGCUAUACGUCUUUGACCUACCGGAAGAGAUUCUGGUGACUCUUACCCUCAAGGACCAACCGGCUCGAACAACCGCAGAGGAUGACAACAAUGCCGUUUCUCGUCCGGAAGCAGACGGCGCACGAACAGAGACUCAGGAGGGAGCUCCGGCGGCAGCUACUUCGUGCGCAUUGUGCGGCCUAGCUUUCUCGAGUCUAAAGGAGCAGCGCAGUCACAUUCGAUCGGACCUUCACGGCUACAACCUAAAGCAAAAGAUCAAGGGCCUGAAGCCCGUAAAUGAGGCAGACUUCGAGAGGCUCAUCGGCGAGUUGGAUGAGAGCAUAUCUGGUUCGGAUACAUCAGAUUCAGAUACGGACGAGGACGAAGAUGCGGCCAACGGAAGCCGGCCGAGGGAAACGACGCUCAGCGCACUGCUCAAGAAGCAAGCAAAGAUUGCCGAUCCUGCUGGAGACGACUUCAUGCCUAAGAAGCGGAAGCGCGGUGCCGGAAAGCCUCCGUUGCUGUGGUUUUCAAGUUCAGCACUGCCGCAGGACACAUCUCUCGGCGUAUACCGCGCUAUCUUCACAGAUGCAGAGCAGCAGGAGGAGACUCGGAUAGUGGAUGUCGUACGCAGCAAGCAACUACCACCAACCCCGCCGCCUAAGUCAGGCGCCCUUGAAAGUGGCGGUGUUCGUCUGCCAUCUACAGACAUUGGGCCUCACUACUUCCUAUGCAUGAUUGGAGGCGGCCACUUUGCCGCGAUGAUCGUUGGUCUCGCGCCCAAAACUGGAAAGAAGCACACUGGCGUCGAUGAACGCUCAGCUACCGUCAUUGCCCACAAGACUUUCCACAGAUACACCACCCGGCGGAAGCAAGGCGGUUCUCAGUCCGCAAACGACUCUGCCAAGGGCGCCGCCCAUUCCGCCGGCUCCUCGUUACGUCGCUAUAACGAAGCCGCAUUGACGAACGAAGUCCGGGAUCUCCUGACCGAAUGGAAGGAUGUGAUCGACACCGCCGAACUCAUCUUCGUCCGCGCUACAGGCAGCGCAAACCGUCGUACUCUCUUCGGUCCCUACGAAGGUCAAGUUCUCCGUCACAAUGACCCACGAAAUCGCGGCUUUCCGUUCAGCACCCGGCGCGCGACGCAGGCGGAGCUUAUGCGCUCCUUUGUCGAGCUUACCCGCGUUAAAGUCAGCAAAGUUGAUGAAGCUGCGCUCGCAGCCGCAGCCGAAGCCGAAGCGCAAGCACAAGCACAGAAAGCAGCAACGCCGCCUCGACCCGCCACACCCUCAAAGCCGCCUAAGCCUUCAAAGGAAGAUGAAGAAGCCGCGCUACACACUAACCAAAUCCAGUCUCUGAUCCGUCGGUCUAAAGCACCCGCCCUCCUCUCCUACCUCUCUACCAAUAACGUCUCCCCGAACUUCCUCUUCCACCCGCUCGAAUCGCAACAGAACCAUCACGCACCCACACCGCUCCACCUCGCCGCCUCGCUCAACAGCUCCGCCGUAGUGCUGGCGCUGCUGACAAAAGGCGGCGCAGACCCCACCGUCAAGAACGAGGACGACAAGACCCCCUUCGACCUCGCCGGCGACCGCACCACCCGCGAUGCCUUCCGCGUCGCGCGCCAGGAACUCGGUGAGGAGCGCUGGAACUGGGACGCCGCGAAUGUUCCAUCACCAAUCUCCAAAGCUGAUGCCGAAGUCCGCGACAAGCGCGACAAAAGCGAAGCCGAUGCAGCGGAGGCGGAGCGACGGCGCGUUGAGACGGAGCGCUUGAGGAAGGAGACAGAGGACGCGGAGAAGGAUAAGAGGGAGAAGAGGUUCGGGAAGGGAAGGGUCGUACCUGAGAAGACGGGGGCGGAGAAGAGGGAGGAGGAGGCGAGGGGGAUGACGCCGGAGAUGAGGGCGCGGUUGGAAAGGGAGAGGAGGGCUAGGGCGGCGGAGGAGAGGAUGAGGAGAUUGCAGGGGCGGUGA